UCCAACACAUAAUAAGCUAUUUACUCGAUCUUAUAAUUAUAUAUACCAUCAAUUUCACCCACAUACAGAGCUUGUGAAAUGAUAACUGCAGGGCAAACCAGCAUCACGCAGAAGGAAGAUCACACGAUCCUAAAAGGGCCGCCAUUGGGUAUAUCUGUAUAAAAAUACUCCGUAAUAAACAUCCAUUUGCCUUUAAACUUUCUACUCCUUCAGAAUUGAUUUACAUAAUCAACAUUUUUUAGUCAAUUUCAGUAAUUAAAAUUUACAUACUAAAACUAAAAUAUAAAAAAAUGAUAUCCUAAUUAAUUGAAAAAUUAAACUGUUUGUUCUUAUCAAUAAUAAUUGAUUUUGCAAAUCAAUUUGAGAUGGAUCGAAGUAGUAUUUAUUACUAUUAUUAUUAAGAAUGAUUAUAUCUGGUAUUUGAAUUCAUCAUAUUUUUAAUAAACUGCAAUAUAUUUUAGUAAAAGAAUAGGGAUUAUUAACUUAAUCUAGCCUAUUUUAUUAGGUCAUAUAUAUAUAUAUAUAUAUAUAUAUAUAUAUAUAUAUAUAUAUAUAUAUAUAUAUAUGUAUGUAUGUAUAGGGGUGAGAUCAUAUGCAAACUAGUCCUCCCAUGUUAACCUACAAACUAUCACAAACUGUGCAUCUUUACAUUAUAUGUACUGCAUAUUGAAGUUCAAAGUAUUGCAUAUUAUUUGUACUGCAUAUUAAAGUUCAAAGUGUUGCAUAUCAUUUGUAUUGCAUAUUGAAAUUCACAGUGUGCAUCUUUACAUUAUUUGUACUGCAUAUUGAAGUUCAAAGUACUGCAUAUUAUUGAGUUUGUAGGUUAGUAUUUUAAGCGGUUCGCAUUUGAUCUCUUAUAUAUAUAUAUAUAUAUAUAUAUAAUAUAUAUAUAUCCAUUUCUCCCUCAUUAUUAUAGAAAUGCCAAGAAACUCAACAAUUGUUGAAAAAUAUUAUAUUUGUUGGGUGCUAUCAUUUAAAUAAAAUAUGUUAUUAUUAAUAGAAAUUAGAAAUGAUUACAUAUUUAUGACUAAAAUAAAGAUCGUUUACAAAAAUAUGACUAGUGACUAUAGUAGUAAUAGAAUCAUAGUAAUUUAUGUUCAACUUUUAAACUUAAGUUAUUAUGACACUAUAUUUUAAUAAUUACAUAUUAUUCAUAUUUGUGUAAAUAAGUUUUAUUAGUAGUAUUUUUUAUAAAAGCUCAUUGACUUGUAUAUCUAAAACCUUAAUCAUUCCUUAAUCAUAGGGCAUUUUUUAAAAUGUUAGGACAUUUGAUAAUUAAACUUUACACAUAAACCAGAUCAGACCAAACCAGACCAGACCAGACCAAACUUGGACAGUUAUAAAAUACACAGAGAUCAAACGUUUACAUGACCAGACCAAUUCAGACUAGACUACUUCCAAACCACCUUUGCCUUUGGAUUUUUCAGAUCUGUUUGAAUUAUUUUUUAAAAAUGAUUUCGCUAAUAUCACUUUUCUGGUGGACUUUCUGGUGACAAGGGUGGUUGAAAAUAAAAAAGAAAGAUGAACUAGCGAUCAUCUUAUUGAGGCGCACCUUCCGGUAUUUUUCUUUUAAUUUUUCAGGCAAUUUUGAAAAUCAGAAUUACUUUUAACGGUCUUUUUCAGAAGUUUUUAACGGUGUGACCCUUUUGUGAUAACGGAAUUCAAACACAUGAACAACUUUGAUAAUGAAUGAAACACAUGACCCUAUCUGAAAACGGGCCCAACCACAAGUACUUUUUCCGUACUUUCCCUAAUAUUUUUGAAGAAACCCCAUCAAUAAUUUGGAUUAUUGUGAGUGAACCGACAAUAUUUGAGAUUUUAUUUUCAAUUUUUUCUGUGCUAUAAUGAGAAAAUAGAGUUGUAAUACGGUGUAUUAUGAUUGUACAUAUUGAUGGACAUUAUUUAAGGAUUAUAUGGAGUAGAGGGGUAAAAUAUAUGGUACAGCCGGCUGUACCGUGCGCACGGUACAACCGGACUUUAUUGGGCCUGUGCUUCUUCAAUGUGAACUUCGCACCAGGUUUCUACGCUCCGACAUCGCACAAAGUUCUGCCGCAGACUUCUUCGAUUUCGCUUUCUUCUUCAAUCUGACUUCGCACCAGGCUUACCGUCACCGCCAUUCACCUCCUUCUCAUUCAGUUCGCUGCUUGUCGCCGCCUCUCAGCACUCACCUCUUCUCCUCCGGCACAAAUGCAGCGGCACCGGCUCCAGCAUAGUUACCUCUACUCCUCUGUCUUUCUUUCCUCUCUUUCUUUUUCUCUUUUUCUGACGUUGUUUUGCUGUUUGAACUUCUGAUUUUGGGAAACAAAGGGAGGCUAAUUCAUUGUUGAUGAAUCAUUGCUGCUAUUGAUCUCAAAUGAGUUUUAUAUCAAACUCAAAUGAGUAUAUGCCUAAAAGAAAUGAACUCACACAAAUUAAUAUUGAACACAUUGAAAAUGAGUUUUAUAUUAAACUCAAAUGAGUAUAUUCCCUGUUGGGUUAAUGGCCCAGAUCGGGGUUCGGCCCAUUUACCCCUUCAUCCGGACGAACGUCCGGAUAGGUCACCAGGCCAUACGGGCAGGCCCGUUUACUCAGUAUGGAUGAACGUCCGAAGAAGUGGCCCAGACGCAGCGGCCCACCCGACGAACAUCUGUGGUAUCAACAGGAAGCAGGCCCACAAACCAUCGAAGUGAUGACGAACGUCGUCAUAACACGCCAUAACCGCUGGAGGCAAUCCAGCUCACAUGGCAAGAAUCACCAAGGGUUAGGCGGACCAGCUACCUGCCUCCUUAGCCGGACGAACGUCCCCACUGGUUAGGCGGGAAACCAAGAUUCUGGCGGGAAGUGCAUUUAAUGCUGAAGAUUUGGUGGUUGAGGCACCAGUGAUCCACAGGCUUCCACGUCAGUAUAGCCAACUGCCCAUUGGUUGGUAUAAAUAGAAGCAUUUAUUUCAUUGUAAGGGGUUAGCAACUUUCUAUUCUUAGCACUUUAGCUAUAGCAUCCUUACUCGCAGCACUUCUACUGCCUUGUAAGACGAACGGCCGACGAGCCUUAGCGAAAGCAUUGUAUUUGGGAGUUAUUAAGAGACAAUAAUACCUAAUCACUUGCUGCUUACCGUUCUCCUUGAUCCAUAUCACUUGCUUGUUGGGCUAGAUACUCACACACACUCCACUCGAAAUCCUUGGGCUUACGUGUUGGACCCGGGGGUUGAAGGAAUAAACCUCAACACUCCCUAAAAGAAAUGAAUUCAACAAAUUAAUAUUGAACACAUUGAAAACGAGUUUUUGUUAAACACAAAUGAGUAUAACGCCCAGAAUGAAUGAACAUACACAAAUGAGUUUCUGAACUUUUUUAUACUCAUUUUGUAAGUUAUGUAUAUUCAUUUGGUAUUAGUGCAACUCAUUUUAAAAUGUCAUAUUCAUACAUAUUUCAAAAUGAAUUAUAUGUUAAACCCAAAUGAGUAUAACGCCCAAAAAGAAUGCACACACACAAUUGAGUUUUUUUUUUUUAAUAUUUUGAUACUAAUUUUGUAAUUAUGUAUGCUCAUUUGGUAUUGUUUUAUGCUCAUUUUAAAAGGUUGCACAUGUUAAACAUAACAUAAUUCAUUAGAUUCACACAUUGAAAUUAAAUGAAAUUGAUUAUAGACAUAAUUUAAGACUUUAAUAAGCGGAAAAAAACAGAAUGUGAUAUACGUACGAGGAAUGAAGCAGAUAUCCCUAAUGCUCACCAUUAGGCUCCUAAUACUCAAAAGAAUAGGCUCGAUACGCAUCAAAAUUGAUUCAAUACUCAUUUAAGAGAAUCCAUGAUUUUCAACAAAAUUACAAGUUUGCCACCGGCUGUACGGAUGACACCGUACAGCCGGCUGUACUAUAUAGAGAGAUGACGAGAAGCCAUGAAAUCUGAUCUUUGUUAAUUCUCAAGCCAUGAAAUUUUGUUAAUGACACCAGCUUUUUAUUUUUAUUUUACUUUGCAGAUUCAUUAAAUGAAAGUAAUUAUUUGGAUUCAUUAUUUAUUUUCGAAAACCUUUUUAAUUGAUGAUAAAAUAAUAAACAUUGUAGCAUUGUUUUUUUGGGACAAAAUGUAACAUUGUUAAUAAUUUAAUUUAAAACAAUAACUAAACAUAUAAGCCAUGACCCCAAAGAUUUUAAAAUCACCUAACAUUACCGUCAUAAGUUAAUUUCAGGUCAUAAUGUCAAAAACUCUCACAUUAAACGAUAUCAAAAUAUACAAUAUCACAUUAAUAAUGUGAACAUUAUCAAAAUAUAGGGAAAACACCACAAUAUGAAAACAAUGACACAAUGUCAUUAGAAUGUCACAAUAUUUCAAUGUUGCCAAAAGUGUCACAAAACCACAAAUGAUGUCAGUAUUACUAAAAAAAAGUCACAAUUUUACAAAUAUGUGAGACAAGGCUAUAAAAUUGUGUUGUAUAGUAACCCUAUUGGCAGAUGCCUAGAGUUUCUGCUGCUGUGGAGUACGAAUUCCCAGCCCAUUACAUAGUCGUUUUUUGUGCCGCUGGAUUUUUUUCCCUUCUAAACCUGGGUGCCGUCCUUAUAGGGUUACAAGACAUACUAUCAAACCCACAACUCAAUUUUAUUUUUUCAUCAAGCUAGCAAGUGUACGUACCUGAUGGCGGGUUUGCUUAAAAACGAGCAAAGGCACUUUCGUCCUAUUAGUUCCUGUGUGGAAAAUACGUGGUGCACAUCAUGCAUGCAUGUUUUGUGAAAUCAGCUUCUCUAAUUUAUUCUAAUGUUUAUUUUUUACUCAAAAAAAUGAACAGAAAUUGUCCUAAAUAGGACUAAAAAGUUCCUAAAAAGCACAAAUAGGACUACUAUUUUUAAAAUUCCCUAAAUAGGACUAAACAUUGAUUUUCUACCCUAAAUACCCCUAAGAGUAUUAAUUCAUAAUGAAAUGCUUUAAUUCAUAAUAAAAUCACAAAAAACGUAAAAAAAUAUUUAAAAAACGUAAAAAAAUUAAAAAAAAAAUUAUAAAACAUUUAUAAAAUAAAAAAUUUUAUUUUUUAUUUUUUUAAUUUUUUUAAAAAAAUAAUAAAAAAUAGUAAAAACUCAUAAAAAAUGAAAAAAAUUAUGGAUACCUUUCUCACCGCCUCCCGCCGCCUCCCAGCACCACCACCUCCGAUUGGUGAAAUUUCUUCCACUUUUGGUAAAAAAAUGCCAUAUUUUUCUGAAAAAUGCCAAAAAGAUGGCAUAAUUACUCUUCAAUAUGCCAACAUUUUCAUUGAUUAUGCCAUCAUUAUGGCAUUAUUUAAAAUGUUGGCAUAUUUUUGUCCGGUAAUGGGAGAUGGUGGUGUUGGGGGUGGCAGGGGUGGUAAUGUGUUUUUUUUUAAUUUUAUGAUUUUUUUUAUUUUUUUUUAAAUUUUUUUUUAAAAAAUAUUUUUUUUAUUUUUUUUAAAAAAAUAUUUUUAUUAAUUUUCUAUUAUUUUUUUUUUACGAUUUUUAGUAUUUUUUUCGAUUUUUAUUAAUUUUUUUAUGAUUUUAUUAUUAAUUAAAACAUUUCACAAGUUACAAGGGUAUAUUUGUCCAAACACACAUAAAUAGUCCUAUUAAGGGAAUUUAAAAAAUGUACUCCUAUAUGUGCAAUUUUUCCACUUUUUAAUCCUAUUUAGGGAAUUCACUCAAAAAUGAAGGCUAUCCGGCUGCCGACGCCCCGCCCAGGAUGGAGAAGAUGAAUUAUUGGUACUAUAUGCCAAAAGAUAAACACACCGAUGAUCACUGUACAUAUUGUUGGAAAGGGUACAUUUGCAAUUGCUUUUAUCCAGAUUAUUUGGAUUAGUUGAUGAAUUAUUGAAUCAUGCGAUGGAGUAUAGUAGGUGCGACUGUGCCCUACACUCUUACGUCACUGUCUAUUGUGUUGCGUUUUUUCCUCAUGCAAUUGUUUUGCUUUUAUCCUUAAUUAAUUAUUA